AUAGCACCAAGAGAUCCAAAAAAUGAUCUCUUUGCAAUUUCAAGAGCAAUAAAUAAAUUUUCAAUGGAAUUUUAUGAGAAAUCAUUAGAGUCAGCAAAAGGUAAUUUUGUAUGUUCACCAUUAAGUGCUGCAGCUUUAUUAUCAAUGGCAGCUUAUGGUGCUCGUGGUACCACGGAACGCGAAAUGAAAUCCAAGAUACAUUUACCAGAAGAUGAUAUAGUCGGGCAAAAAGGUUUUAGACUACUUUUCGAGACUUUAGACCAAAUCAAUACGAUUGAUUACAAACAACUGCAGUAUAUAUUUACUGACGACUAUGUCGAAAUAAAUCCAGAUAUGAAUAAAAUGACAUCUCGCUACUUCCGAACGGUUCCACAAAAUGUCAAUUUUAAAGAUGCUAAAAAAGCUGCUAAAAUAAUUAAUGCGUGGUGUAAAAAGAAUACAAAUAAUACCAUUAAAGAUAUUGUUCAACCUGAUGACAUUACGGACGCGCUUUUGGUUCUCGUAAAUGCAAUUUACUUCAAAGGACGUUGGAAGUCACAAUUCAAAUCCGAACACACGAGCCUCAAACCAUUUUUCGUCGAUAAACACAAUUCUAAACUUGUGGAAAUGAUGUAUGAUUGUAAUGAGUAUAAUUUUGGAUUUAUAUCUGAUUCAAAGGAUUUUUAUGUUGAGAUCCCGUAUGAGACAAACGAUCCCAAUAGUUCACUGAGUAUGUUUAUAAUGCUCCCGUCUGAAGAUAAUUUUGAAAGCUGUCUUCAAGAGAUGAACUUCAAAGAAAUGCAUGACGAAAGAAAUAUCGAAAAAUUGGAACUGAUCAUGCCUAAAUUAAAACUUACAAGUACACUUGAUCUUCAGUCUACUUUAGAAAAAAUGGGAAUGCACGAAAUGUUUAGUGAUCGUGCUAAUUUUAGCGCUAUUAGCAAUAUACCACUAAAAAUUACUAAAAUUAAACAAAAAGCUUUCAUUGAAGUAAACGAAGUGGGAACAAAAGCCGCAGCUUCUACAGCGAUGGUUGGAAAAUUAAAAAGCGCAGGUUUAUUACGAUUAAUUAUCAAUAAACCAUUUCAUUGGGUGAUUGCACAUAUAGAAACAAAUACAAUACUUUUCGCAGGCUACGUCAGAGAUCCAACUUAUUAUUAAUCUAUUUAUUUGUGAGCUUUAAUUAGAAUAUUAUAAAUAGCAAGUACUGUAUAUUUUUGUUGUAUAAAAUUGUAAAUUUGGUAAUAAUAACUGUU